CAGCAGCAGCGGGGUACAUGGGCUGGGUUGGCAGCACUUGAGUGUAAUUCCAUGUGGGAGGAGGAUGGGUGGGUUUAAGUGCAGCUAUCAGGUCUUUUCUUCUCACACGCUCCGCUGUGCGCACAGACUGAGGAGAAAAUCAAAGAGCAGGUCCACCUCCCCAUGCGAUGUGCAGCAGCUUCAACAUCUGUGAAGUGGCUGCCUCACCCGGUCGGACCGGAGGCCGUCUGGUCUCCGAUCUGGUCUCAGGAGUCAGCAGGGGAGACUCGACGCGCUCCGUCGGGGCCAGGCUGUGCGCCUCUCGGAUCACACCGGAGCCGGCGCAGGCUCUCGCCAUGGAGAUGAUGGAGGGGGACGUUAUGGACAAGCUGGGGGACAUGUCAUCAGUGUACGACUUUGACCCGAUCACCGGCAACAUUCCGGCCACGAAAGUGGAGAUCACCGUCUCCUGCAGAAAUCUGCUGGACAAAGACACCUUCUCAAAGUCCGAUCCUAUGUGUGUACUGUAUACGCAGGGUGUUGAAACCAAACAGUGGAGAGAGUUCGGCAGGACGGAGGUGAUAGACAACACCCUAAACCCCGACUUUGUUAGAAAGUACAUCUUGGACUACUUUUUUGAGGAGAAACAGAAUCUACGCUUUGACUUGUAUGAUGUGGACUCUAAAAGCCCAGACCUGUCCAAACAUGACUUUUUAGGUCAGAUUUUCUGCACUCUCGGGGAGAUCGUUGGAUCACCAGCAAGUCGACUGGAAAAACCACUGGGAGGGAUUCCUGGGAAGAAAUGCGGCACAAUCAUCCUGACGGCAGAAGAACUCAGCAACUGUCGAGACAGUGCCACCAUGCAGUUCUGUGCCAACAAGCUGGACAAAAAGGACUUUUUUGGCAAGUCUGAUCCUUUCAUGGUUUUCUACAGAAGCAAUGAGGAUGGCACGUUUACUAUCUGCCACAAAACAGAGGUGGUGAAGAACACAUUAAAUCCAGUGUGGCAGCCUUUUACCAUCCCAGUGAGAGCACUCUGCAACGGAGACUAUGACAGAACAAUCAAGGUGGAGGUGUAUGACUGGGACCGGGAUGGCAGCCAUGACUUCAUCGGGGAUUUCACGACCAGCUACCGAGAGCUAGCUCGAGGGCAAAGUCAGUUCAAUGUGUACGAGGUGAUUAACACAAAGAAGAAAAUGAAGAAAAAGAAAUAUGUUAACUCAGGAACAGUGACCCUGCUCUCGUUCUCUGUUGAGUCGGAGUUCACCUUCCUAGAUUACAUCAAAGGAGGGACGCAGAUCAAUUUCACUGUGGCCAUUGAUUUCACAGCGUCUAAUGGUAAUCCGUCCCAAUCUACUUCACUGCACUAUAUGAACCCUUACCAGCUGAACGCCUAUGCCAUGGCCCUGAAGGCUGUCGGGGAAAUCAUUCAGGACUAUGACAGCGACAAGAUGUUUCCAGCUCUUGGCUUUGGAGCAAAACUGCCUCCUGACGGGCGAGUCUCUCACGAGUUUCCACUGAAUGGAAACAUGGAAAAUCCUUAUUGCAACGGUAUUGAAGGGAUCCUAGAGGCAUACCAUCAAAGUCUGAAAACGGUUCAAUUAUACGGGCCAACCAACUUUGCUCCAAUAGUGAACCAUGUUGCCAGAUAUGCAGCGGCAGUGCAGGACGGCUCGCAGUACUUUGUCCUCCUAAUCAUCACAGAUGGUGUCAUUUCAGACAUGGCCCAGACCAAAGAAGCCAUCGUAAAUGCUGCCAAGCUUCCUAUGUCCAUAAUCAUCGUAGGAGUUGGUCAAGCUGAGUUUGAUGCUAUGGUGGAGCUGGACGGCGAUGACAUCAGGAUCUCAUCCCGGGGGAAACUGGCAGAGAGAGACAUUGUUCAGUUUGUUCCUUUUAGGGAUUACAUGGACCGGACAGGAAACCACGUGCUGAGCAUGGCACGGCUCGCCAAAGAUGUGCUAGCAGAAAUCCCUGACCAGUUUAUCUCGUACAUGAAGAGCAGAGGGAUCAAACCCAACCCUGCGCCGCCGCCAUACACUCCACCUGGACACACACACCACCACACACAAAUCUGAGACCCUCUUCUUUGCAUUUCACUGAGGACAGAUAAGCAUGCAGCAGCCACUCCAAGUCCGGUGGGAACUCUCUACCUCCUGAUUUUGUUUUACCUAAUUUGCUGUGAACAGGAGGCCAAGCAAUGGGUGUAGAAUGUUGUGCUGUACUCUCCCAUUGACUAAAGAAGCAGUAUUUUUUUUUUCUUUUUGUUCGGUUUUGUUUCUACCGUGAUAGAUUUCUUUGUAGGCCCUCUUCAGGAGAUGCUGACCCAAUUUUUCAGGACUUGUUGCUGAAAGCCUUUCGGGCAGUGACUGUUUCACGUCUACUUUUGACAGCAGGUUGAUUCGAGGGUCAUGUUGUGGUUUAAACCUUGUGCCUGUCUGUGCUUGUUUCUUUAAGUGUAUCAGGACAUUUAAACUUGACCCAGGCUCUUCUUGUCAAUCAUCAGUGUGGCCUAAUGCAGUAAUAUUUUUUUCACCCACCUUCUCCUUCUCAAAUAUGUUUUGUAUUGGGGAUUGAUCUCGAUUUCUGAUGAUGUGACGGCUCCAGCGUUUUCCAAACGACACCACCUCCUUUUCUCUUUAAUACUAAAUGUCGGUAUGAGCAUGUCGUAUGAGAUUUAUUUCCUUUUUUUUUUUUUUUUUUUUUUUUUUGUAGAAUGGCAUGGAUAAUUUUUACGUCUAAUUUUGAACAAAACAAACCUAAUGGAUUUUAGCAACUGCCAAUUAUUUUUGAGUGACUGACUAUGAAAACUAGCACAACAACUACUAUGACUGUACCAGAUGGCCAUAUUACUAUUGGAGUGCUGCUAAUCAUUAAUUUUGAGGAAGUCAUUCAACUUUGUCAAAUAUUUUACAUUCAUCACCACCGUUUAAUACAAAACAUGGAGAAUUAAGUAUGAAAAAAAAAUACUGGCUCCUAUUACACUGUUUGUAGGACGUUUAUUGAAAGUGUUUAUACAUACAUGUGCAGAGCAAAUCCAAGGCAUAUGCAAAAAUAAACUGCUGCUUAGGGCCCCAAACCACCAGGAGGGCAUCGGUUGAAUUCUCACACUGGUCAUAGAUCUUAGUUGUUUUUUUUGUUUUUUAAUUUUCUUUUUCUUGACAGUGAGCAUACUACUAAUACAAACUGUCUCAGGACGUUCAAGAGAUUUUUAGUUAUUUAACAUAAAAAAUAUAAAUAAAUGUUAUGGUUAUAUUUUAACCCUAGCAGAAUUAGUAAAUAUACUAACUGUAUAUAAUAUACAAAGAAAUGUCUUUUAACAUAGGAACUAUUUAAUGUAAUCCUUUCUGUUAAGUUUCUGAAGUGGGAUUCAUAUUUCAUGCCACUGUUUACAAAUAUAUUUCAAAAACUCAUUGUCAAUUCUUUACAGUCAGCUGCACACACAACUAAAUAAGAUUAGAGCCACAUAAACUUUAAACUCUACAUAUUAAAACUACACUGACGAAGCUUCUGGAUGAAAACGUCAAACAGUUCCCAUAAAGAAGUUAAAAUGAAAGUUACUGUCAUAAGAUGUUCUCCUUUCCGCCAUCAAUCCUUUAAUAUGUGUGAAUGGGAUUACAUUCAAUAGCCCAGAGCAACUCUCUAAAAUAAGCUUGAGUAAAGUGUGUGAGAGUUUGAAUUAGCUAAGACAUACUGAGGUGUAAUUUCAAAGUAAGGUACUGGAUGACAUUGUGGUGCUGGAUUGCUUUAAAGUUGCUCAUUACAGGAAAACACAAAGUGAAAAUCUUCCUAAAGCGAUGACUUGUGAGUGGAGGGGGG